CUUCUUUUAUCCAAGCGCUAAACGACGAAUGGGUUAUCGGUGUUCGUCGGCGGAAAGGCUAACGAAGAGUGUUUUGCAUUUGCAAAUCCAAUCAAAGGUGAAAAACAAAGAAGGAGCGAAGAUCGAAACGGAAGAGAAAAACUGAAACAGCAAUCCCUUAAUGGUGGUGAUGAUCAUCAAGGGCAUAUUCAGGAGGUAUGAGAAAUGGAAUCCGGUUCAUCCUACUUAUGGAGCUUUUUGGGGAAUGGGGAUUGGGAUAGGUUGUGGCGUCGGAUGGGGACCUGGUUUUGGCCCUGAGGUCAUUGGCUACGUCGGUGCUGGCUGCGGCGUUGGUUUCAGUGUUGGCAUUACACUCGCUGGUCUCGGCAUUGGUCUCCCCACAAACCUUCUUCUUGCGGCUCCUUAUAACGCUGUAGAAGCAACUAGAAAGGGUGCUUUUAAGUUGUUUGGUAACAAUCUUUCAGUUGAUGGUUGGAGCGAUGUUAUGCCUCAAUUUGUUGGGUUGAAGAGACACGUCAGUGCGAUGUGCUCUGGUUUCAACGAGAAGCCUCUCUUGGAUGAUGCCAUUGACUUAAAAAGUUUGCCUUUGUUCAUUCCACAUGAUUGUGAGAGAUCUGGGAGUCAUCUUCUCCAUAUGCGCAAAGGUUUGGAGGACAAGAACCGUGGAGAUUCAUCAGCUAUGUAAUGACGUUAGACCACGAGGAUCUCAAGCAUUUGAGACCCUCCUGUCGAGAUUUUGAUUGAGUAGUUAUUACUUUCCUGUCUUGGUUAGAGGGCACACUACGAAACAAACCUGAAGCAUUUGUGUGCGGGUCCAUGUUACAGUUACAUAGUUGCAUGUGCGAGGUUUGGUGUUUGGCAGUAGCAUUUAUGGACAGACAGUUCAGGUUAGGUAAAGGAAAAUAGAGUGCAUAAGUGUGGUUAUGCUUCAAGCACUUCAUCCUCUUCGCUCAUGUAUAUUAUAAGUUUUCUUUAACUCACAAUUUUUUAAAGUGACUAAGAGGUUUAGAAUCUGUAGCUCAGCACAUAGCAAGACACUGGACCAUGUAAUAUUUUUUCAAAUUUGUUUCUGUUUAUAAAACAACAAAACAAAAUUCCAAUACA